GCUCCUUUGCAACGAUCGGGCCUCAUACCGUCCCCACCUGCACAGACAGGCUCUCGCAUCCACCCAUCUUGCCUCCCGCCAUGAGUUUCUUCAAAGCGAACAAGACCUUCAAGCCCAAAAAGAACUUACCCGAGGGCACAAAGCAGUACCAGCUCAAGAAAUAUGCCGAAGCGACGCUGGGAUCAGGGAACCUCAAGGCCGCCGUGCUGCUGCCCGAGGGCGAAGACUUGAACGAAUGGCUGGCCGUCAACACCGUCGACUUUUUCAACCAGAUCAACAUGCUGUACGGCACCAUCACCGACUUUUGCACCGCCCAGGACUGCGUUGUCAUGUCGGCCGGCCCAAAGUACGAAUACCACUGGUGUGAUGGCGUGCAGUUCAAGAAGCCCGUCAAGGUCUCGGCGCCCGAGUACGUCGACUAUCUGAUGACCUGGGUGCAGUCGCAGCUCGAUGACGAGGCCAUCUUCCCGUCCAAGAUCGGCGUCCCGUUUCCAAAGACGUUCCAGUCGAUCGUCAAGACCAUCUUCAAGCGGCUCUUCCGCGUGUAUGCCCACAUCUACCACGCCCACUUCCCGCGAAUCGUCGCUCUCGGAGAGGAGGCCCAUCUCAACACCUCCUUCAAGCACUUUAUCUUCUUUGUUCAAGAGUUCCAGCUGAUCGACAAGAAGGAGCUGGCCCCACUGGACGAGCUGAUCCAGACGCUGACGAUGGAGAAGCCUGCUCAGCACUGACAAUGACGACCCCUGUGGGGUACCCGGCCCACCGGCAUAUCUUGUCGGAGGACCGCUGCGAACUGCCGAUCCAUCCAUCCAUCCAACCGUCUUGCCGGCGUCUCUGUCGGCUGCUUGCAUCUCAAUCGCCCACGCCCUGUUUGCUGCUCCAUUGCCUGCUCGCCCGCCCGCCCUGGUUCUUCCCGUCCAUCGCUCUCCUCCACCCGGCCCACCCUUCCGCUCCUCCACCCUCUGCCCUGACGCUUGACUGCACAAGCCCAUCACCGGAGCGCUUCCUUCGACGGGAUCCCACCUCCCAGCCGAUCGGCACUGGCUGUGGGCACGACCUUUAUUCAACCUGACUUUCUCGGAAGCGCACCACCGCUCCUCCGAUGGAUUCUUGGCUCUGAUCGUUGUUGGCUCGCUCUCGUUCCGCUUUUGUUGUGCCUUCUUGCCACUCAUCCCCCCCUUUUCUCUCUCUCUCUCUCUCUCUCUCUCUCUCU